UAUGUAAAUAAGCCGUGAAAAAAGUCAGGCCUGAAACUCUUCAGCCACUGUCAGACCAAGGCAAACACUUGUCUGUGUUCAAAUCGUUCAAAUCCGAAGACAAAAAGUUCCAUCUACGAGGAUCUACGAAGAGUGACGAUGUUGCAUUUAGGGGUGACUCCCGGGAAUCGCAGGACGUAUGUCCGAGCGCAGGACAGACUGCGGUACCUGCUGUACUCCACCAAAAUGGACGACUUGCACCAGCAUGACUUCGAGCACCUACCCUUCAUUGAGUGGGUCGUACAUCACCCGAUGAGUGUAGAGCAUCAGGCCAUCCUCCUGCGUCACCACAGUACGCUAGUGAGGGAACUCAACACACUCAAACCCUCCAGACUCUUCAGUUUCCUUAUCGGCAGGAAAGUCCUCAACUUCCAGGACGAAGCAGUCAUACUACAUAGAAAGAGUUCAGAGUUCGCAGUGAAAGCAGCGUUUCUCCACAUCCUAAAGUUGAAAGGGGACCGCGCCUUCAAGGCGUUUUGUGGCUGUUCUAGCUCAGAGUUUGCAGUGAAUGCAGCGUUUCUCCACAUCCUGAAGCUGAAGGGAGACCGCGCCUUCAAGGCGUUCUGUGACGGGCUCAGGUCGCGCUGCGGGGCUCACCAGGGGUAUCUGGCAGAGCUACUGGAGGGUACGAUAGGGGAAAACAUGUCAGAUCUCAUAGACAUCUUCAAGAUCGUGUCCUAUCACGUGGCUCUCGCGAGACCUCUGGGUUGGGCCGCGCUGCCGCGAGACUUGGGCGUGCCCGUACGCGUCAUCGAGUCGUGUAAACGGGAAAACAGGUCAGUAAAAAAUACUGAGUAG